CGCUACCCUGCAGAGGAGCUCAAGUGUCGGUCAGAGAAAGAGACAGACGAAACAGAGGACUGCACUUGUCUUCCCCUGGCUGUCCUGCCUUCCCUGUAGAAGCUGUAAUCAUGACCAGAAACCUGCUGAAGAAUCCCAGUGGGGAAGAGCAGCUGGAAUUCUGGGAGCUGACAGAGAAUGGUGGGAGCCAGUGGAAGGUGGAGGACAUGCCAGGAGAUUGUGGCCACGACUUCUGCAUUGACGGAGUGGCCAAAUACUUUGUAACCUCCUUUGAGCUGUGUCUGAAGAGACAGGUGAUCGACUUGUUAGAAGAGGGUUACUCUAAUGAACAGCUGGAUGCUCAGCCCACCAUCACAGUGGAAGACUGGUACUGUGGGAGGACGGACUGUGGCUGCACCUAUCAAAUGACUGUGUGUCUGCUGGAUGAGAAUCACGAAGUCAUACAGGAGUUCAAACCCGAGCCAGUGACCCUCGACCCUGACUCUGACGACUGCUCAUGGAAACAGAUCAGCCAUACAUUUAUUGAAUAUGGCCCUGGAAUGCGCUUCAUCUCCUUUGAGCACGGAGGACAAGACACCAAGUUCUGGGACGGCUGGUUUGGAGUGCGGGUCACUGGGAGCUCUGUUACUGUCGAGGUCUGAAUGAGAGGAAUACUGAAAGGUGAAAGAGGAGGGGGAGGAGAGUCAUAGAAGGGCUCCAGAGUGACAGAGUGGAGUGUAGGUUUGGAGGAUUCAAGAGGACCAGUUUUACCUUAUGCAGCUAGCUUGCACCUCUGUAAAUCAUGCAUAUCGCAAUUCAUGCUGUGGAAACAUAUUGCUGCUAUGAAGACUGUAGUUACAAAUCUGUGAACCACCACCGCAACACACUACCAUGGUGGCACCUUUUAGAUCUUAAAACUUCCUGCUUGCAACAAUCAUAAGCAUGACUGCAACACAGUCACCUAUUAACUACUACCUCUGCACAGUGAAAAUAAAUUGUUUGGAGGGUGGGAGUGGGUGUAAGCAAUCAAGUGGUUUAUCGUUCAAAUGGGAUUAAAAAUGAUGAUGAAAUAAAGUGUCAACUACA